GACUAAGCCUAUCGAAUAAAAGUAACGCCUCUUUAGUGUUUGUGCGGUUUGUCGUUCCUCGAUUCUGCAUUUUUUGAGGUAGAUUUUGAAUCUAGCUAAAUAAAUAUGUCUUCUGGGGCCUUAUUUCCAAGCUUGGUGUCUGGGUCACGUGGUUCGUCAAGCAAAUACCUAGUGGAAUUCCGUGCGGGGAAGAUGACCCUGAAAGGAAGCACUGUGACCCCUGACAAACGUAAAGGUCAAGUCUACAUUCAGCAGACUGAUGACUCUCUCAUACACUUCUGCUGGAAGGACAGGACAACUGGAAAUGUGGAUGAUGACUUGAUUAUUUUCCCGGAUGACUGCGAGUUCAAGAGGGUUCAUCAGUGUACAACAGGUCGUGUGUAUGUGCUCAAAUUUAAGGCGGGUUCCAAGAGGCUCUUUUUUUGGAUGCAGGAACCUAAAACGGAUAAAGAUGAAGAGUACUGCAGGAAAGUGAAUGAGUACCUGAACAAUCCCCCCAUGCCUGGUGCCCUUGGGGGUGGAAGUGGCAGCAGUCAUGAGCUUUCUGCUCUUGGAGGUGAGGGUGGCCUGCAGAGUCUUCUGGGUAAUAUGAGUCAUAAUCAACUGUUGCAGCUUAUUGGACCAGCUGGACUUGGGGGUCUUGGGGCUCUAGCUGGACCAGGGCUGGCCAGCCUGCUGGGAAGUGGUGUUCCAGCAACCAGCAGCUCAUCCUCCAGCUCUCGUAGUCAGUCCACAGCUGUCACGCCCUCCUCCACAUCAGCAGCUACACGCCUCGGCUCCUCCCAGGUACCAACCACACCCACUACCCCCUCUGCCACUACAGCAGCCUCGCCCACUGCCACACCCACCACCCCUGCUGGACCCACCCUCUCUGCUGGGCCUACCAGCCCCACUCAGCCUAUCCAACUUAGUGACCUACAAAGUAUCUUGGCAACCAUGAAUGUUCCUGCAACCGGGCAAGGAGUUGAUCUUGCCAGUGUUUUAACACCGGAAAUCAUGGCUCCAAUCCUGGCGAAUGCAGAGGUGCAACAGAGACUGAUUCCUUUCCUCCCGUCUGGAGAGUCCCUCCCGCAAAGCACAGAUGAACUCCACAACACCCUCUCCUCACCACAGUUUCAGCAGGCUAUGAGUUUGUUCAGCAGCGCUCUAGCGUCAGGACAGUUAGGACCCUUGAUGAAUCAGUUUGGCUUACCCACAGAGGCUGUGGAUGCAGCCAACAGAGGAGAUGUGGAAGCGUUUGCCAAGGCUAUGGAGGGUGAAAAAUCACAGGAAGAGAAAGAUCCUAAAGACAAGAAGGAUGACGAUGAUGAGGAUAUGAGUCUUGAUUAGCUCAUCACCUCUCACCUAAGUGUGUAUGUGUUUUACUUGGUUUUCUUUUGUUACUUAGAACUCUGCAACCAUGUUUGUGAUAGCUAAACCAGUCUGGUAAUUCUGUUCAUACAUAUUCAGAUCUUAGUCCAAAUAAAAAUGCCUGCAAAAGUAUGGCACAGAACA